GAGGGGAAAAAGAAGUGCGGGUCUCUGGUUUCACCUGUUUUAUCUCACCUGGACCGGCCGAUGAAACAGUUCCUCUUCUCUUUUUUACUCUGUUUUCAUCGAUUUUUGCUUUGAGUUUUGGCUCAGCGGCUCAAACAUGGAGUGUGCAGAUGCUCAGCGGGGGCGGGACGGCGCCACACUGAGGCGCUCCCCCCUCGACCUCAUCAUGAACCAGAUCCGCAGGAAGCGCACGGCCGCGGACAGGAAGCCGCUGGGACGCUUCCUGUCCCGGGAGCGGGCGGGGAUCCCUGAGGACGCAGAGGCGGAGGAGAGAGGACAGAGUCCAGGCGUUGCUGAGUCAGCAGAGAGCGAGCGAGACGUCGGCUGGGGGCGACUGAGCGUUUUCCUGCAGCGUUUGGGGAAGAAAGCCGACAGCAGGAGCCUGAGCCUGGCUCACUGCGACCUCACCGCCACUGACCUGCUGGAGCUCGCGACGCUGCUCCAGUUCCUCCCUCAGCUGGAGGAGGUGGACGUCUCCUGGAACGAGCUGAUUGGUGGAUGUCUGCGAGCGCUGACCUGUCACCUGCAGCAGGUGGGCGGGACGAGAGCGCUGAGGCUCUGCAGCUGCAGGCUCAACGCUGACGACGUCGCUGCUCUGGGUGAAGCUCUCGGCUGCAUUCCUCUCUUGGAGAUCCUCGAUUUAUCGUGGAACAGUGGCGUCGGGGGCGGCGCUUUGCAAGGCCUGCUGGGUAAUGGUCGCCUACCGCUGAGGGAGCUCCACCUGGUGGCCUGCAGGCUCACUGCGGCUGAUGCUGCCGCUCUCG